CACAUUUUUAAAGGGAGAUAAAUUCUUUUGUAUGUAAAAUACUCUCAGUGUAUAUAUAUACAAACCAAAACUUCAUUUCAUUUGUUCACACUGAAACUCCAAAACUCUAUCUCUCUCUCUCCUCCACACACCAAUUUCUUCAUGACCUUCUUCUUCUAGCAGAGAAGAUUAAAGAAACCCCCAAAUCCAGCUUAUACUAAAUGGGUCAUGAUAACAUCACAAAGCUCGGGAGUCUACUCGUAAAGCUACACAAAGGUCCUUCAAGUUGGCUUUGUCUUCAUCCUCGACCAGACCGAACCAGCAACGGCGGACGAAUCAAGCUCGUCAGAUCCGACGGUUCUUUACAAGUCUACGAUCGUCCCGUAGUAGUCUCAGAGCUAACAAAAGACUUCCCAAAACACAAAAUCUGUAGAUCAGACUUACUCUACAUCGGACAGAAAACCCCUGUUCUGUCUGAAACCGAAACACUUAAGCUAGGUCUCAACUACUUCCUCCUCCCAUCAGAUUUCUUCAAGAACGAUCUCUCUUUCCUCACCAUCGCCACCCUUAAAACCCCACAAAACGGUGGCGUUUUGGUGAAGAAGACUCAACAGCAACCUCAGCCGUUUCUUAUACAAAAGGGAGAGAAAGGAGAGCGUUUAAGGAUCCGUGUGUCUGAAGAGUUCGUGUCGGAACUGAUGAUGGAAGGGAAGAAAAACAGAGUAAACGAAGAGGAAGAGGAAGAAGAAGGAGGAGGAGAAGGAGAAGGUAGGGUUUGUACUACGGUGAAGUUGAAGAAAGACUAUGUUCAAUUGGUUGGUUUACGUAGAUGGAAGCCAAAGCUUGAGACGAUAACAGAGACUAAGGCAAUGAAAGCAGCAACGAUGGAGAAGACGAAGAAGAAGAGGAAAAGGUUUACUGUGAUGAAGAAGAAGUCUCAGAGUGAUUCAAGUUCGAAGCGUAAACUUCAAUCCAAAUCCAAGUCCAAAACUAAGAAAAGUAUUAUGAGGAAAAUAGAUUAGUUUUUGUUUUUGAUUAGUUAGCAGAUUCGUGUGUUGGUGAUACAUAGAAAUUGUUGAAAUUUGAUGUAAAGAAACUGAGAUUAAUUAACCAAAAGGGAUAGUAAUUGUUUCCGAAAUUGUUGGAUUCCGCAGAUUUUUGUGUUAUAAUUGAAUUAACGAAUCAAAACACAAAACUAUUUUGUUUGUUACUACUAAUUUUCGUUGAACAUUAACAAGUUACUUUUGUUCUGCUAGGAAAAAAACAGUUGCUUUCGUACAUAAACGUUGG